AUGCAGGUUGCAUGGAACCGAGAUUUGCUUUAUCGCGACCGACAACCGCCUUCUUCGUGGGAACCAAUCCUCCUAACCGAAGAUUUCCAUUUAGUUAGUGUGGUGGAAGGGAACAAGUUGCAAGCAAAAUUUAUUAUUAGAGACGAUAUAUUUGACACAUGUGGCAAUACAGAGGUGUCGGAUAAGGCGGUCACGGUUAAGACUAUUCUUGGCCCUUUAGGGCAAGAGGAUGUUGAUAUCCUACGCUGUGUAGGCCUCAAUUAUGCGAAACACAUUCGCGAAGCCGGUCGAACUCCGACCCAUUCCCAUUCAUCGUUUUCAAACCAUACAGCUUAUUCAAGAUCAUGGCCAAGAUUUGAUGACGUGGCUGCCUACACUGCAGGAAACCAUAUUUCGUCACGAAAGCUCCAGCGUAAUCCCAAGCUCUCACGAAAUGUGCCGCAAUGGGGGUUUUCCAAAGUUUUCGACACCUACGCUCCUCUUGGGCUAGCUCUUAUCUCAUCCUCGCUUAUUGGCGACCCCAGAGAGUUGCGCUUGCAGACUAUUGUCGAUGGCAAACUUAGGCGAGAAGAAUUUCUAAGUGAUUCGCUAUUCGAAUGCGCCUGUCUAGUCUACUAUCUAUCUCAGGGCACAAUCUUACGAAAAGGCUCCGUUAUUGUGACCGCACUCCAGGAUACACUGGGCUGGUCUCAGACCACCAAAGUCCCUGAUACUAGGUACAAUCAUGCAUGUACAUAUCAAUAA